AGCAGUGACACGUGUGUCAGAUACUUCCUGUUUCCUCUCCACCAAACUUCUGCUUUGACUCGUCUCAGCGUCACUCUGCGGUUUAACAGACACAAAGUCAGAACGCUCUGAACUGUGAGACGCUGCAGAGACAGGAGACGACAACUUGACCUUCACUGAAUGACCUCAUCGCCGUAAACAAAAUUUCCGAUCGCAUGACCUCCAUGGCUGACAUCAUCACGGCAUUGCCUUCUGAGGUAACAAACCCCGCCCACACACAGGUGAUUUGUUAUUGAUCUGCUCAGGUUACAGUCAGUUAGCGGACUGACUGAAGUCAAAGAAACAAAAAUCAAAGAAACUCUGAUGAAGCAGCAGCAGGUGUGCCCAGGUGUGUUCAGGUGUGCCCAGGUGUGUUCAGGUGUGUCCAGGUGUGGUCAGGUGUGUCCAGGUGUGCUCAGGUGUGCCCAGGUGUGUUCAGGUGUGUCCAGAUGUGUCCAGGUGUGCUCAGGUGUGUCCAGGUGUGCUCAGGUGUGUCCAGUUGUGUCCAGGUGUGCUCAGGUGUGUUCAGGUGUGUCCAGGUGUGCUCAGGUGUGUCCAGAUGUGUCCAGGUGUGCUCAGGUGUGUCCAGGUGUGCUCAGGUGUGUCCAGUUGUGUCCAGGUGUGCUCAGGUGUGUCCAGGUGUAUUCAGGUGUGUCCAGGUGUGUUCAGGUGUGUCCAGUUGUGGUCAGGUGUGUCCAGAUGUGUCCAGGUGUGCUCAGGUGUGUCCAGUUGUGUCCAGGUGUGCUCAGGUGUGUCCAGGUGUAUUCAGGUGUGUCCAGGUGUGUUCAGGUGUGUCCAGUUGUGGUCAGGUGUGUCCAGAUGUGUCCAGGUGUGGUCAGGUGUGUCCAGGUGUAUUCAGGUGUGUCCAGUUGUGUCCAGGUGUGGUCAGGUGUGUCCAGAUGUGUCCAGGUGUGGUCAGGUGUGUCCAGUUGUGUCCAGGUGUGCUCAGGUGUGUCCAGGUGUAUUCAGGUGUGUCCAGGUGUGUUCAGGUGUAUUCAGGUGUGUUCAGGUGUGUUCAGGUGUGUCCAGUGGUGUUCAGGUGUGUCCAGGUGUGUUCAAGUGUGUCCAGUGGUGUUCAGGUGUGUCAAGGUGUGUCCAGUUGUGGUCAGGUGUGUCCAGAUGUGUCCAGGUGUGGUCAGGUGUGUCCAGGUGUAUUCAGGUGUGUCCAGGUGUGUUCAAGUGUGUUCAGGUGUGUUCAAGUGUGUCCAGUGGUGUUCAGCUGUCUCCAGGUGUGUUCAGGUGUGUCCAGUGGUGUUCAGCUGUCUCCAGGUGUGUUCAGGUGUGUCCAUGUGUGCUCAGGUGUGUCCAGGUGUGUCCAGAUGUGUCCAGGUGUAUUCAGGUGUGUCCAGGUGUAUUCAGGUGUGUCCAGGUGUAUUCAGGUGUGUCCAGGUGUGGUCAGGUGUGUCCAGAUGUGUCCAGGUGUAUUCAGGUGUGUCCAGGUCUAUUCAGGUGUGUCCAAUUGUGUCCAGGUGUGCUCAGGUGUGUCCAGUUGUGUUCAGGUGUGUCCAGGUGUGUUCAGGUGUGUCCAGGUGUGUUCAAGUGUGUCCAGGUGUGUCCAGUGGUGUUCAGCUGUCUCCAGGUGUGUUCAGGUGUGUGCAUGUGUGCUCAGGUGUGUCCAGGUGUAUUCAGGUGUGUCCAGGUGUGUUCAGGUGUGUCCAGGUGUGUCCAGGUGUGCUCAGGUGUAUUCAGGUGUGUCCAAGUGUGCUCAGGUGUGGUCAGGUGUGGUCAGGUGUGUCCAGGUGUGUUCAAGUGUGUCCAGUGGUGUUCAGCUGUCUCCAGGUGUGUUCAGGUGUGUCCAUGUGUGCUCGGGUGUGUCCAGGUGUGGUCAGGUGUGUCCAGAUGUGUCCAGGUGUAUUCAGGUGUGUCCAGUUGUUUCCAGGUGUGCUCAGGUGUGUCCAGGUGUGGUCAGAUGUAUUCAGGUGUGUUCAGUUGUGUCCAGGUGUGCUCAGGUAUGUCCAGGUGUGUCCAGUUGUGUUCAGGUGUGUUCAGGUGUGUCCAAGUGUGUCCAAAUGUGUCCAGGUGUGUCCAAGUGUGUCCAGGUGUGCUCAGGUGUGUUCAGGUGUGUCCAGGUGUGCUCAGGUGUGUUCAGGUGUGUCCAGGUGCGUUCAGGUGUGUUCAGGUGUGCUCAGGUGUGUUGUCUCUCCCUUACAGGAGUCGUUCUCCAUCAGCCCGUCACCCACCGCCUUUGAUGAUGACGACUACGAAGACUUGUUCUGUGACCAGGGGUCGGUGCGGGAGUUCAGGAGUCACUACGAGCCACCGCUCUUCUGGAUAAUCACCGUGGUGGGCGGAGCUGGAAACCUGGCUGUGGUGUGGAUCUACCUGAACUUCCGCCGGCGGCUGAAGACCAUGACGGACGUGUACCUGCUGAACCUGGCGGUGGCUGACCUGCUGUUCCUCAUCACGCUGCCGCUGUGGGCAGAUGAGGCGAUGCACGGCUGGAGCUUUGGCUCUGCCCUCUGCAAGGUGAACUCCGCCCUCUACAAGGUGAACCUGUUCAGCAGCAUGCUGCUGCUCACCUGCAUCAGCGUCGACCGCUACGUGGUCAUCGUGCAGAGCACCAAGGCUCGGAACUCACAGGUGGAGCGACGCCGUUGCAGCACGCUGAUGUGUGUGGGGGUGUGGUUGCUAGCGCUGCUGCUCGCCUUGCCCGAGUUCAUGUUCGCCACCACCUCUGAGGUGGAUUCGCGGGAGUACUGCAGGAUGGUGUUCCCGCAUCACGUGGGCAACCGCACCAAGAUCCUGGUGCUGUCGCUGCAGGUGAGCAUGGGCUUCUGCCUGCCCUUCUUUGUCAUGGUGUUCUGCUACAGCAUCAUCGUCGCCAAGCUGCUCAAGACCCGCAACUUCCAGAAGCACAAAGCCAUGCGUGUCAUCCUCGCUGUGGUGGUUGUCUUCAUUGUGUCCCAGCUGCCCCACAACGGCGUACUUGUGAUGCAGGCCACGCAGGCCUCCAGCAUGACCAUGACGGACUGCGAGGAGAUGAAACGCUUCAACACGGUGGAGCAGGUGCUGAAGAGUCUGGCCUACAUGCAUGCGUGCCUCAACCCCUUCCUCUAUGCCUUCGUGGGCGUACGUUUCCGCCGCGACAUGUUGCAGCUGCUGCGUGUCUGCCGCUGCCAGCCGCCGGCCAAUAAGAGUCAGCUGAGUAAGUCCUGCAGGAGUCCGCUGAACUCGACCAGAGCCUCUGUCAUGUCGGACAGCGACACCUCGCAGGCGCUGUCGCUCUAGAGACACCGACCGCUGCAACUUCCUGUUUGUGCUGCAGCAGCUGCGGUUUAACUGUGAUGUCGACAGAUGACAUCAUCAAUCCUUCAUCAAGCCCUUAAAAUCUAUUUCCUGUGCAUAUUAAGGGCUUUUCAAAUUAAGGUGUUUUCAGGGGGUUUUGUUUUUCAGAUUAAAGGAUGAGUGAAGGAAACACUUAGAUCCAAAUGUUGUGAGGGGAAAUUAUGGGAAAAUUUUAACGGAUUUUUGUGUCAGUGAAGUUUGUUGACAAAUUUAAACCAAAAAAGAGCUGAACUGGAACAUUUAAGGCCUUGAAUGUAUCAUAUUGACAUUAUAGGACCAGGAUCCAGGACUUUGUCAGGACCUUUCCAGGAUUUUCUCAGGACCUUUCCAGGAUUUUCUCAGGACUUUUUCAGGACUUUUGUAAAACCUUUCCAGGACUUUCUCAGGACCUUUCCAGGACUUUCUCAGGACUUUUUCAGGACUUUUGUAAAACCUUUCCAGGACUUUUUUUGGUGGACUUGCCUGUAUAUUGAAUGUGAAAGUCUUUUAUGGACAAACUGUGAUUUUUCGCUGCUGUUUUCAGAGACUGUUUGGUCAUGUGACCUCUGUUUUCCUCAGAUGUUCAGUGUGUUGCAUCAUCAUCCUGUUUGAACAGGAAACGCAUCACAUGAAGGAGGUAAGGACGAGUCAAGAUGUCUGUGACAAUAAUGUGAUUUAUCUCUCAGUCUGCUGAAUGUUAAAUGUGAAGAAUAGAAAGAAAUGUGUCAACGGCCGUGCUAACAGAUGCUAACAGAUGCUAACAGAUGCUAACAUGUGUCUCUGGUGGUGUACAUAUUUUUCUGUAUGUUUCUUUGUGAUGUCCUGAAACAUGAGGCGUCUCUGUGUGACUCACACUGAGGUGAAUGUGAUGUAAGCAGCGUGGCGUGUGCAGUGACAAACAUUAAAGCGUGUACAAAGCGU